AUGAAUCGUUUCAUGGAACAAGCUAAGCAGGCAUCGAGAAAACUCGCUGAUCUUGUUUAUGUGCCACCUGAGGACGUAGAAGAGAAGUCGAAAGGUGUUACUGAAGAAACGGGUGAAGAAUUAGAAGAAAAAGGAGAAGAUAAUAAAGAAUAUAAGUCAGACGUUGGUGUUGAUUCAAGUAAGACGGAAUUGGAAAGUGAUAAUGAAAGGCCAAUUGAAGUGAAUGACAAUCAUCCCGCUAACGACAUGACUGUAGAGGCAUUCCAGAAAGCUAAACUAUUUGCUGAUUCAUUGUUUUCGUUUGCUAAACAAGCAACCGUGAAAGUUACAGAAACGGCUGAAGAAACUGCUAAAACACUGCGUACUGUUGUGGCAGAAAAGUUUCAGACAAUAAUAGGCUCUUUCGACAAGGAACAAUCAAAAUUUUGUGCUGAAGUGAAUAAAGAACACGUUAAUGUAACGUUAUUGCCUUGGGAUGAUGUUUCUGACCAGUCAGUCGCGCGUAAACAAAUGCUUAGCUUAUCACUUGUAAGUCGUGAUAGUCGAAAUUUCACGCGUGAUCCUCCCAGUGAGACAAAUUUUUCAUUUGAAAAUACGCAAGCGAUGGCUGAGACAAUGCUCAAUGAGGAUCCAAAUCUUCGCAAAAUUCGUUAUCAACUUGUCCCAAAACAGAAAGUUUCAUUUGUAUUUGUAUCACUUCGCUUCCGUAGAGAGAUUGACUUCAGGUUGAGCGAAGAACGAUUUUGGCGAAAUUAUUUCUAUCGUAUAUCACUGAUAAGACAGUCAAUUAUGGGUGAAAGGAAUUUGGUUAAUGAACAGCCGUCCUGCUCUAGUGAAGCGAUAGACCAAACUGCAUCUGCGAUUGUGCCUGAACAAGACCAAAUGAAGCAACAACAAAACACUGACAAAAUAUCAGAUGAAGGAAAAUUAAGUGAAAGAACCGAAAAAGAAGAGACGAAUAAAGAGGAAGAGGGAGAAAAACGUGAAAGUGAGAUUGAAAAAAAUCUUGAAAAAGUGAGAGACUCUCUUCUCAAUAAUAAACAAAAAAAAGAUGAAGAAGAUUGGGAGGAGGAGUUGCUGAAUGAUUUAACUGAUUACGAAUUGGUGAAUGAACAGAAGAAAAAGAGUGACGAGCAGUGGGAAGCUGAAAUUACGGAGCUGUUAAAUUCGUCAUAG